UGUGUGAGCAGUUAGAGGAACACAGACUUGUUUCGCUGCUGCAAUGCGCGUAAAAGGCGCGUUUUCUUUUUUUACGCACAGCGAAAAGUGUUAAAGAGUAAUAGAUAAUGAUAGAUUGUUAUCGUUAAGUCCACGUGAAUGACUUAAACUGUAUUCCUAUGUUUAUGAUUUUCAAGACAGCGGAGUCUUUAGGUGAACAUUCCAACAGAUUGUGCGGCGGUCGGGCUUUGCUGAAGCUUUCCUUUGUUCAGUUUGCGUUUGGCACUAGGAUCUUUAACUUUGUUACAAAAUGAUUUAGGAUUAUAUCAGUAGUUUUAGAGUGAUUUCCGAUCUUAAACAGCAAAAUGGAUCCUUUAUAUAAUAUCACCAAUGCGUCAAAUUGGACCACCGGCUCCAACGACACUAAUAACGGGACCGAGUACUGGAACCAGUUUGUACAGCCAGUCUGGAGAAUUGUGCUCUGGGCCAUUGCGUACAGCUGUAUAGUUAUCGUGUCCGUGGUAGGCAAUCUGACAGUGAUCUGGAUUAUUAUGGCGCACAAACGCAUGAGGACCGUCACCAAUUAUUUUCUGCUGAACCUGGCGUUCGCCGAAGCCUCCAUGUCCGCCUUCAACACGGUGAUCAACUUCACCUACGCCGUGCACAACGAGUGGUACUUCGGACUGGUCUACUGCCGCUUCCACAACUUCUUUCCGAUCGCGGCUGUGUUUGCCAGCAUCUACUCAAUGACUGCCAUCGCUCUGGACAGGUACAUGGCCAUCAUCCACCCUCUGCAACAGCGCAUGUCGUCCACAGAGACCAAGGUGGUGGUGGGAGUGAUCUGGGUGCUGGCUCUCCUCCUGGCCUUCCCUCAGUACUACUUCUCCAACACGGACCAGCUUCCCGGCCGGGUAGUGUGCUACAUCGACUGGCCUGAAUACUCUGUGUGUGACUUCAAAAAGAUGUACUAUGUGUGUGUGGCCAUCCUGAUCUACUUCCUUCCUCUACUGGUGAUGGGCUGUGCUUAUCUGGUGGUGGGACUGACCCUCUGGGCCAGUGAAAUCCCUGGAGACUCUUCUGACCGCUACAAGGAGCAGCUGACUGCCAAACGCAAGGUGGUGAAGAUGAUGAUUGUGGUUGUGUGUACGUUUGCCAUCUGCUGGCUGCCCUACCACGUCUACUUCCUGCUGCACCAGUUCUUUCCUGACAUGUUUGAAGAAAGAUUCAUCCAGCAGGUUUACCUGGCCAUCAUGUGGCUGGCUAUGAGCUCCACCAUGUACAACCCAAUCAUCUACUGCUGCCUCAACGACAGGUUUCGUGCUGGCUUUAAACAAGCCUUCCGCUUCUGCCCCUGCGUCCCUCAAGGCUCUUACGAAGGUCUGGAACUCAAGUCCACUCGCUACCUUCAAACCCAGACAAGCGUUUACAAGGCCAGUCGGAUGGAGACCACCGUGUCAACUAUUCUUCAGGUUGGAGAUGACAUAGAGCAGCCCAAGGUCAAGGCGGUAGCAGGUCAAAGACCUGGUGGGGCCACAGUUGGGGCCAGACCACAUAGCUCCUCCUUGGACCUCACCUCAAAUGGGUCAUCAUCCCGGAGUGUCUCCAAAACAGUAUCAGAGACAUCCAGUUUCUACUCCAGUAACAACCUGCAGGAAUAGACCUCAAACACAGGUGGCAUUUUGCUGGACAGCAGGAAGAGAGAGUGAGUUGACUGUUCACAUAGCUGCUUUUGCCCAUGUGUGUUCAUGCAAAAGUACAGCAUGAAUGUGUGAGUUUGUCUGCCAGUGACUGUGUGCUGUCAUCAUCCAUAACAACAUUGUAUAAAAUCCUCAUGCUGCUCACAGUUAAUGAUCAACUUUCAUUUGAAAGGUUUGCUCAGUGCCAAAAAGUG